ACACACACACAUGCAAUUUUAUACCCUGCCCAGGCUGUCUGCAGGCUAUAAUAACCAGCAGAGUGGAACCCUGAACUGUGCUUUCUCCACCCUCACCUUCAAGUCCUCACAGAGCAAAUCUCUACUCGUUGCACACAAACACGGUUGCAGCGAUGGUCGAAGGGAAACCGUAUCGGUACGGGUUGAUAGCGGCGGGGUUUUGUGUGGUGACAGUCGGCCUCUUUGUCAUGACUCAGGAGCGACCGCACAUCUACGCCACAAUCUGCGUACUCGGCGUCACCAUGGUGUGUGUCGGGACUGUGUGGAGCCUCUGCCAGUGCUAUCCCAAGGUAAUUUUGGCUUCUGAGAUACAGGAGGAAAGUCUAGAGAAGCUAGUGUGUACUCCUGCUGGGGCACAACACAAGAGGCAUGCUGAGGCUCCGCCGGGUUUCUGCAACCAAAAGUGGAGUAACAGGAGACUUCUUCCUCAAACCCAGAAGAGUCGGUGUCACAGCUGUCCCGCGCUGCACCUGGUCUAAAUGAUGGCAUCGCUCCCACAUGAUGCUGUUUGAAUGUGUGUCUUUCUAAUGGAAGUGACUGAUCAUGUGUCAACAGUUUGUGUCCGUGUCAAUAAAGUUGAAUGUGUGUUGCGUGGUAGUUCCAGAAGAUGGCACUAUUUACUACAUGAAGGAGUGUGUUUGCGU